AUGCUUGAUAAUUUACCCGUAGAGUUAAUAGAGAAGAUAGUAAGUCAUGUGGAUAAAUCCUCCUUAGUCAACUUGAAUCUUGUCAAUAAAAAGUAUAACUAUCUAGUGAAUCCUAAACUAUACAAUUACAUUGAAGUUAACUGUGAUAAUGUUAGAAGCAGCGAUGAGUUCAUUUUAAUCUCCAAUAUUUACAGUUUGAAGAGCCUUUUUAAGAAAUUGAACCAUAAAAACUGUCAAUAUGUCUAUAAAUUGAUAUUUAAGAACCUUCCUGACUUACCUGAAGACGAGAUAUUCCAAUAUUUCAAGCAUAUCUUCCCAUAUUUUGUCAAUUUGAUGGAACUCAAGUGGUACUCUAAGUACAAUCUUGACUGGCAAUUGAUCAAUUUAUUACCUUCAACCAAACUUUGUAUAUUAAAUGGGAAUUUCAAGAAUUUCCAAUUAUUGGACUAUAAGUUUAACAAUAUCUGUAGUUUGAGUCUUUCAGGGUUUAAGAACUUCAAUAACGUUGAUAUUGAUUUGAUUAAUUUCCCCCAUUUAUCCAAACUUAAAAUAUCAAAGAACACUUUAGUUCAUGUAGAAGAUCCAUUAGUGAAUGUGUUCAAUAAUACCAAUAAGUUGAAAUUGUCUAAUUUGACUUUGGAAAACUUAUACUUGACAUCAUCAGAUGUUAUGAUUUUAAUGGAUAAAAUAGAUUUCCCAUCUAUCACCGACAUCAAACUCCUUAACAUAUAUGAAAUACUUAACCAUAAUAAUUUACUUGAUAACUUCAUUCCUCAUAAAUUGAACUCCUUACACAUGGACAUGCUUAAUAAUGAGUACAAUAAUCAUUAUAUAUUCAACUUCCUCCAACAGACAUCCAUAGAUGAGUUGAAAAUCACCAUCAAUUUAAAUAACAACCUCCAAUCGAAUCUCAUUAGUUUGUUAUCGAUUCUCGAUGCUAAGAUUUCCCAUUUGGAUUUGAAUUUCAAUAUCUUUUCCCAUAAUAAAGCAUCAAUUUUGAAUUACCUUAAUCCCAUACAAUUACUUAAGAUCAUUGAAAACUUCCAAUACCUCCAAAGCCUCAGUAUGCCAUUAUUCUAUAAGAACCUUAACCACUUAAACCUCAACUUACCCCGAUUGAAUAACUUACAAUUCAAUAUCAUCGACAUUUACAAAUUAAAUAAUACGUUGAUCAAUUAUGAAACCACUAACGACAUUUCAAUUCAUGUUUUCAACCAUAUCCUUCGAUCUGUAGGACAUUUAGAUUACCUAACGUUAAAACUCGAACAAUACCAUGUUUUCGACGUCAACAGUCAAAUAAUUAGAGUAGUUAAUAGCAUUUAG